AUGCCCUCUGAAAAGGAGCAGUUCUUCUGGGAUGAGAAGCAAAUUAGUUUGUUAGAACACAAUGCUGCAAAGAAUUUUUCUACAGAUACUCCUUUGGACAAAGCAGUGGUGAAUAACGACCCUUUAAGUAUAACUCUACCAGCAAUUGUCGAUGUCAAUCUCGCUUAUGGACUAAAGAAUGUGAAAAUUGAGUUACCCAAGGUGAACAUUCCAAAUGAAGUAUUAAUGAAACAUGAAGUUGAUAGGUUUAGAAAACUCUUUCAGUGUAAGCAGCAAACUGCAAGGAAGUCCAUAACUCUCGAGAAGAUAAACGGAAGCAAUCCGGGUUGCUCAGAGGGAAACAACUUGCAAAAUAAACCAGAAGUGCAAUUUGAAGAAGAGUCGAAAACUGGAGCCAAGGUACUGAAUUUCUGUUGUAGCAAGUGCAAGAACAACAUUAGAUACAGCCCAAAUGACCUAGAGAAGCACUUUCAGAUGUUACACUAUGGCGAGUUGCCUUUGUAUCCUUGUGAGAUGUGCAACUUCUCAGCUAAUGACUUUCAGUCCCUGAAACAGCAUAGGUACACCCAUCGCAGCUCGUUAGCAAAAUGUGAGCUCUGUAAUGAUGAACAGGUAUAUGCUUUGUUGGAUUUGCUAAAACACUUCACAUCAAAGCAUUGUGUGAAUGGCCACUUUCAGUGUGAGAAAUGUGGGUUUUCUACCCGUGAUGUGGGCACGUUUGUUCAGCAUAUUCGCAGACAUAAUGAGGUUCCCUACAAAUGUGGAAAAUGCCAUCAAGAAAACUUUACAGAAGAGGAACUCCAAAAUCAUCUUCUUGUUCAUAGUGGUAUGUUUGCUUUUGAUUGUCAGUACUGCAGUUACAGCACAUCACAGAAAGAUUAUCUGUUAAAACACGUCAUAGCUUUGCACAGAGACCACUUAAUUGCAAAAGAAAAACUGGAAGAGGUUAAAUAUGAGGAAAGAAUAGUGAAGACUCCAGCAGGACUGAAGCUUGUGGUAAGAAGGUAUCCAGUGGGAGCAUCCAAAAAACCGCACUGGAGACAGAAAAAAGUAAGCAGUGGAAGUGGCAAAACUGGAGAAGAAAAUGCACAAGUGCUAAGAAGUGCGAAUAAAAAAAAUCAGACAUAUGCUGAGGAGCGGAACCAGUGUAUGAGAGAUGUGGAAGCACAAGAAAAAGAUCAGAUUAAAAUCAGAGAGAACCAUAAUUUCAUGGGUGGAAAGCUCUCUGCUGCUCCUGCACAGUACAGCAAGGCUCAAGAUGAUGGAACAAGUUGUGGCUUGGGAUUAUUGAAAAACACUGUUCAUGGGCCAACAGUAUUUGUGGUUAAAAACAACAAAAUAUCUGUUCCAGCAAAUUACAGUGCUAAAUUUAUGGGAUUUAAAAUGGUAGAUGGAAAACAACAUAUUGUUAUAAAAAUAAUGCCUACAAAUAAGCAAAAUGAAUAUUUGUUGGGUCAGAAAGCUGAUCCCAUCAAAGAUGGUUCUACAACUCCUUUGCUACAGACUGCUGAUCCCUGUGGCUUGUCUUCAGGUGCUAUACCACAUGUAACUGAUCAGGCAACUUUAAAGAACAAUUCUGUUCACCCAUUGACCUCCCCUCCAUUUUCUUCCUCUGCUCCUUGUUCAGGAAAAACAAAAGUGGACAAACCAUAUAACUCCCUACUGUAUGGUAGGAGUGUUCCUGAAAAUGUAGCACCUUCUAAUAUAGCUGUUGGAAAAAGUUCAAGUUAUUCGCUAGUGAAGAUGGGCUCAACUGUGACUCCACAUGACAGAGUAACAGAAGUUGGAACUCACUCAUGGGGAAGCCAUAAUCCUUCAAGUCAUCCUCAGGUAUUACCACCCUCUAUUACAAAUCCUCUUCAUUAUGGCCCUGUGAAAAUGCCCUUCUUUCCUGAACUGAAAAUCCAAAAUGGUGGCCUGAAUAAUAGUAAUAGAACUGAUCAUCUCUAUUAUUCAACUUCAGUGGAUUCUCCUAAUGAAAAGUUGUUGUCUUUUCACAACUAUUCCAAAAUGAACAGUUUGGAUAAUCCAUGUCGCAUUUGGAUGUCAACAGAUGACAGACACAAAGAUUUUAGAUUGAGCAAAACAGUUUCUUUUCAAAACAAUAGAGGUGAAUCUGCAUCUUCAUGUUCAGAGUCAAUGAAAGGCUUAAAAGCAGAGAAUGUUGUGUCAGCCCAACCAAAUAUUAAUAAAACUUACAAACACAUAAACGAUAAGAAUAACUUUGUGUCUUUUAAAAGCCAAUCUAAAUGUGAUGUUGACAGCCAGUGUCGCAUGGAGGGCCAGCAGAAUGGCCAGCAGUAUUUGGACACUAAUAACCUAGAUCAAGGCUUUCGGAAUGUAGCCGAGGAAUUCCAAGAAAAUGAUUCUGGUCAAUCGUUCUUAAUGCCUAAAAUCACAUCUGUUUUCUCCUUGCAAAGUGAAGAGGCAGCUCAUUAUUUAUUACCUGAACUAUGCCAGCAAGAUGUGUUAGAAGUGAAAAAAACUACUCAGCAAGAGUCCCACAGCAGGACAAAUAACUGUGUAAAGCUUCACUCUGACAAGUUGCUUUCUGGUCCUGAGACUGGGAACACAGCCUUCAUGCAUUUAAAAAGCUCUGCGACUGCACGUGGGUUUCAGAGGCCUCCUCCUAAUGUAGACUUUCAUUUAUGUGAGAGAGAGUUGAACACAAGAUGUAGCACAGAUGAAGGUACACAUUGUGGUAGAGAAAGAGAGACACCCAGAACAGCAGUUGAAUCCAAGGACACAGACAAGUUAUCUGUCACUCCGGGUGUUGGUACCUUGCGAAAAACUCUUACAGGUGCAGUCAUAACACAGCAGUUAGUGAAAAAUGAAGUACUGUCGCCAGCUCAAAACCCCAGCAGCUUUUCACCAGUUUUGCCUGUUCUUCAGGAACAGAAGAAAACCCUUUUCAUUCAGUCCCCUCCAUCAGGAUUUUUCGUUCCUUUGCAGCCUGGACCACAGGUGGUUGAUGGAAGAGGUUUUCCUGAAACCAGUUCGUCAGAUGGGCAUGUGACUAAGGGUGUACCUGCAUCUUUUGUUUCAAAUAAAGGAUCUGGAAUGAUUUUGACUUUGAAUGGGGCAAUUGGAACACUUGCAAAUGCCAAUGAUAGUUCUCAGGUUUUAGGGGGAAUUGCAUCCAGAGAAUUUGGUAAAAUAAAUGUAUCAGCUUCAGAAGUGAAGGGGAAAAAUUGCAGCUCCAGGAACAUAGCAAGUUCCUGUAAUAGGGAAUCCUGUAGUACAGCAAAUGACUCAUUGAAUAGCAGGGCAUUCAAAGGGCCUCUGGUAAUUACAAACUCAUCAGAGUCUUCUGUGAGAGGAAUCUCUUCUAUGAAGGUGUUACCACAGCACCAGGAUGCUGUGCUUGGUUCUCUGGAGUCAGUAAAGCAACAGGAAAUGAAACAGGAACAACGUGUUUAUGCACUUUUGCCUGAUGGACAACAGGGAGUUUUUCUGAGGUAUGUGACACCAAACAAGCCUGUAGUUCAUAAACCAAGUUUUUAUCAGGAUAAUGCUAAUUAUCAAAAUUGUCAACCAAAGAAAACUGGAGCCAUGCAACAACAGCUUUUGCUGAGAAUUAAGACUCCUACUUCAGACACACUGGCUGGUACUACUCAGUCAGCAAGCAACUCAGUGCCCUCACUACAGGUGCAUAACUUGCAGUCCGUUACUCCUGCACUAGCACAGAAACAGACUAAUCUUACUUUUAAUGAUGCCUUAAUCUUACCAGGUGGGUUAAUGCCAGCAAAUGCCUCUUCGGCAAACUCUAAUCCAGCAUACUGUGUUCCUCCUGUAGAAUCUGGUUAUUCUACUAAAUCUGCAGGGACACAGUUGCAAAAAGGUUCUGUUGAGAGUAUGCAAGUAAUAACUGCUAACAACAGGAAUAACUUUAGUUGUCAGAAGUCCACGUGGAGUACCCAAAACCAAACUACAAAUGUAAAACCUAAUUUAAAACAAACUGGGUCGAAAAGUUCAGUGACUGUGAGUCUGCAAAGAAAGAAGAAAUUAAAACGGAAAAGGAAGUCGAGUUGCCCAGAACCUCCAAGAAAGAAGGUAAUGUUGCACAAAAGGUGUAAGGAAAAGAAUCGAGCUGAAGUUGUUAGUGAAUCAGGUAGCCCUUACAAACCAAGGGCAUCAAAAAAAACUGUGAGAACUUUGAAAUUACUUCCUUUUAGUUCCAAUCAGCUUGUAAAAUGCCCUCGGAGAAAUCAACCAGUUGUUGUGCUUAACCAUCCUGAUGCAGAUGUUCCAGAAGUUGUAAAUGUGAUGAAAACCGUUUAUAAAUUUAAGGGACAUGUUCUUAAGGUUUCAUUGUCAAAAAGAACUAUUGAAGCCCUUCUGCAGCCAACCUUCUGCAAUCCUUCGGAUGUAACUACUGAUGAUUUUUCUCAAAGGAGGUACAGGACAAUAAAACCCAUUAACCCUGUGAAAGAAAGGUUUGUCUUAAAAUUGACACUGAAAAAGACUAGCAAAAACAAUUACCAGAUUGUGAAAACUACCUCUAAUAAUACCUUGAAAGCUAAGUUUAGCUGCUGGUUUUGUGGUAGAAUAUUUGACAAUCAGGAUAAUUGGGUAGGACAUGGACAGAGGCAUCUGAUGGAGGCAACUCGAGACUGGAACUCACUGAUGGAAUGA